AUGCCUUCUCUCUGCGGAGGUUCCAAGACCGUCCAGCGUAAGCUGGUACUACUGGGCGAUGGUGCAUGCGGAAAGACCUCGUUGCUGAAUGUCUUUACGAGAGGUUAUUUCCCAACAGUCUAUGAACCCACCGUCUUCGAGAACUACGUCCACGACAUCUUUGUGGACAAUGUGCACAUUGAGCUUUCGCUCUGGGACACAGCCGGUCAGGAGGAAUUCGACCGGUUAAGAUCCCUCUCUUAUGACGAUACGGAUCUAAUCAUGCUUUGCUAUUCCGUCGAUAGCAAGGAUUCGCUUGAAAACGUCGAGUCCAAGUGGGUGGGCGAGAUUGCCGACAACUGCCCCGGCGUGAAGCUUGUCCUGGUCGCCCUCAAGUGCGAUCUCCGAGAACAAGGCGAGGAGGAGGAGGGCGAGUCCGGCGAGCCGAGGGAGAAGCGGCCCAUGAUCAACUACGACCAAGGCCUCGAGGUGGCACGGCGCAUAAACGCGCUCCGGUAUCUCGAGUGCUCGGCCAUGAAGAACCGGGGCGUCAACGAGGCCUUUACCGAGGCCGCGCGAGUGGCAUUGAGCGUCAAGAAGGACCGCGAGGAGAGCAAGUGCACCGUCAUGUAA